UCUAUAUGUAACUCAGAUUAAACACACCACAUAUCAGUAUUCAAGAGAAGAAAAAAAAAAGAAAAGAAAGAUGAAUCCAACAUGGGUUUUUGUGUUGAGUAUUGUAUCAAUGUUAGUCGUUGGGAAUGGACAGUCAUCAGUGAAGACAUUGGUGAAGACAGUGAAGGGAAAGAAGCUAUGUGACAAAGGGUGGGAAUGUAAAGGGUGGUCUGUUUAUUGCUGCAAUGAUACUAUUUCUGACUAUUUUCAGACCUACCAAUUUGAGAACCUCUUCUCAAAGCGCAAUUCACCAGUGGCACAUGCUGUUGGAUUCUGGGACUACCGUUCUUUUAUUACAGCUGCAGCGCUGUAUCAGCCUCUUGGGUUUGGCAACACUGGAGGCAAGACCAGUGGAAUGAAAGAGCUUGCAGCUUUCCUUGGUCAUGUGGGUAGCAAGACCUCUUGUGGUUAUGGGGUGGCUACAGGGGGACCCUUGGCCUGGGGCUUAUGCUACAACAAGGAGUUGAGUCCUGAUAAAUACUACUGUGAUGAAAACUAUAAAUUAACCUACCCAUGCACUCCUGGUGUGGCAUACUACGGCCGUGGAGCCCUGCCAAUUUUCUGGAACUACAACUAUGGAAAAAUUGGGGAAGCCUUGAAGGUGAAUCUAUUAGACCAUCCUGAAUACAUAGAACAGAAUGCUACCCUGGCCUUUCAGGCAGCAAUAUGGAAGUGGAUGACCCCACCUGAAAAAAACCUACCUUCACCCCAUGAUGUUUUUGUUGGCAGCUGGAAACCCACCAAGAAUGACACAUUGUCCAAAAGGGUACCUGGAUUUGGUGCCACCAUAAAUUUGCUAUAUGGUGAUCAAGCGUGUGGCGAAGGAUCUGAUAAUGACCAAAUGAACAAUAUUAUUUCCCAUUAUCUUUAUUACCUUGAUCUCAUGGGUGUUGGCAGAGAAGAGGCAGGGCCUAAUGAAGUGCUCUCUUGUGCUGAGCAAGCUGCUUUUAAGCCCACUGGCUCACCAUCUUCUUCUACAAAUUGAGCUUUUCUUUGUUGUGAUUCUUGCUGGUCCAUUCUUGAAUCCUGCAAAAUUUAAUAAAGGAGGGCUAGUAGAGAAUAUUUCAACUACUUUUGCCUUCACAUGAGAGUGAAAUGAGCUUGGAGUGGACAAUCAUAGUUAAAUGUGUAUAGAUUAUUAAGCUGCUAUAUAUAUCUUGGCUUCUGUUAUUUUCUGUCCAUUCUUGUAUAAUUUUGAAUAUAUUUUGGCACAAUGUAUACAAUUGAAUAUUUGAUCACUAUGGAU